GCACAGUUAACCUACAAGCUAUAACUUCGAUCGAACUGCAGCAUUGUGUCGGCUUGGGCGGGUGGCGCUACCUCCGCAAUAGACAAGGUCGACGGACGACCGGGCAUUGUGUGGGUCUGAGGCAUGAGCACGGAGCCCUACGGCGGGCAUGGGACGACGGCAUAUGGAGUGGGCAGGGCGAACGGACCACAUGUGGGGAAUUCCGAGGAAAAUGAUGUUCAUGGCAGUGGGGGCUUUCGCCAAGACUGUAGCAAACCUUCUAAACACCACUUCCGUCCGCAACUCCGAUACCCUCCUUCGACUUGUCCGAUACCGACCUCCCGGAGUGCCGCUCAUCACUGUUAGCAAUCAUAUGUCCACGUUAGACGAUCCAGUGAUGUGGGGAUUCAAAGGUUUUCCUACCUCUGACGCAACAUUGGGUAGGUGGGUGCUGGCCGCGGAGGAUAUAUGCUUUAAGAACACAGUGCUAUCUUAUUUCUUCCGAUUAGGAAAAUGCAUACCUAUUACUAGGGGUGCUGGAAUCCAUCAAAAAUAUAUGGAUGAAGCACUUGAGCACUUGAGGAAUGGAGAAUGGCUCCAUACAUUUCCUGAAGGCAAAGUGACCCAGGAAGAUGUGCCCAUCCGACGAUUAAAGUGGGGAACAUCUAGUCUUAUUGUUCGUUCUCCUGUAACACCAAUAGUUCUGCCUAUCGUCCAUCGUGGCUUUCAGGAGAUAAUGCCUGAAAACUAUAUCUUUGGUAGGAGACCUGUUGUUCCCUUGUGCAGUAAGAAGAUUGAGAUUAUUGUGGGAGAGCCUAUUCAUUUCGACCUACCUAGCAUGAAGCAGAUGGCUAUUUCCAUGUCGCGUAAUUGUUCCUCUCCUCUACUAGGAUGGCCUGCCACGGAUGAACCAACUGGACUGGAUGAGGCUGCGCAGAGAUUCUUGUAUGCUUAUAUCUCAGAUCAAAUUCGAGGUUUUAUGGAGAAACUACGUGCUCUGAAGAUUUAAUUUUGCCUCAACAAAUUCAUUGCAUUGUUUAGAUUAAAAACUCUUAUUUGUAACUCAAUUCCUUUGUAUUGAAUUUCAACAUUAUUUUCAUUUUCAAGGUCUAUAUUAAGAAGGUAGGCAAACAUGAAAACCAA